AGGAAGUGACGACAAAACAUAUACAGAAGAAAACGACCAUGGCGUCAGAUUCAAACGGAUUCUCAAACAAUUUAACUUGAAACAGUCACUUAUUUCGUGUCUCCUGAUUCCUCUCUGGGAUUAAGAGGUUGUGGUCAUGCCAGGCGAGGUCGGAGAGAAGGCUCAGGCAGGGGUCCGGGCCAAGCGCAGGGAUCCAGGACAUAAGGCUGGACUCCGGGCAUCUCACCCACGGUCCUCUGCCCAGCUCAACUCCCAGGAGGAGAUCGUCAGGCUAAAGGAGGUGAUUGUGGAGUUGGAGUGUGAGCGUGCAAAAGUGCAAGAGUGUGACAGAAGCAAACAAGCAUGUCAGAAAGGGGCCAGAGAGUCUGACCCCACUGACCUGAGAUGGCGGAUCAACCAGCUGGAGGGAGAGAAACUGGAGCUAGGCUCUAAACACAACCAGGAGGUCUCACAGCUGGAGGCUCAGGUUGCUAGGCUACGGGCACAGGUUGAGCGUGGGGAGGCUGUGCGUCAGACACUGGAGUAUGACAUCGCCGUGGCUACGAGAGACUCAAGCUCAGAGAGGAGCAAAGCAGAGGCCAGGUUGUCUGAAUUGCAAAAAGAGAAUCAAGAACUCAAAGACUUGAAUGUGGAACUCUGUCAGACGGCCCAGGACAUGCAGAGGGCUCUGGAGAUUAGCCGGCAGGCCCGGGAGGAGGACCAGCAGGGCCUCAGUGCGGAGCUCACCGAGAGGGACCAGCUGCUGCUCACGGCCCAUGCAGAAAACGACCAGCUCAUUGCAGACAAGAACAGACUGCAGGCAAUUCUUCAGGUAGAGCAGGAUGACACCCUGCGGCUGCUGAAGGAGAGGAUGGAUGCGGAGCAGAGUGAGCGAGAGCGUGACCGACGAGGCCUGAGGCAGCAGGCCAGUGAGCUCAGCCAUUGCGUGGAGAGAGAGCAGAAACAUAGGAAACAGUUGGAGAUGAAGCUGAAGACGGCCGAGGCUGCCUUGCAGGCAGAGCGGAGUGUCCAACAAGAAAUGACCUUAGGCCUGCAGGUCCUCCGAGAAAAGCUCAAAGAGGCGGAGAGUGCACAGACGCGCGAGAGCCAACGAGCCAAUGACAUGCAUGUCAGACUCGUACAAGUGGAGAAAGAGCACGUGAGCACUACCACGGAGCUGAGAACACUGCUGAAGGAAGAGAAGGCCACCUCCGAUCGCCUCAUAGAGACCAUACAGGAGCAGCAGGGCACGCACACACACACACAAGAGCAGCUGAACGCGGCUGUACAGAGGCAGAAGUGUCUGGAAGAGGUGUAUGACGGCGUCCUCACUGACCUUGUGCAGCUGCUGCAGGAGCACAGUCAGCAGGGGGAGACAAACACACACACCACAGAAGACUGCAAACCCAGUCCUUCUGUUCUAGUGGAUGCCCUCAGAAGAACACUGAGUCACUACCAACACAGCCUGGAGAUGGCACAAUCACAGAUGCAGCAGACAGAAGAGAGAAAUAAAAUGCUCUCUCAGGAUAUCUCACAUAAAGAUGAAGUCAGCAACACCAUGAAGAAAGCAUCCCAGGAGCAUGCUGCGCGUGUGUCUGAGCUGACAGACGAGGUGCAGCGCUUGCGCUCCAACUGCACAGAUGCAGCCACCGCAGCAGACAGGGCGCAGUCCCAGCUGCAGGAGCUCAAGCAGCACUGUGCAGACAUGCAGGCCCACGUCCACACACUACGGGAGCAGUUCCAGAGAGAGGAGCAGGAGAAGCUGGCGUUCCUCCACUCCCUCUACCAAAGGCUGGUGGCUGGCUGCGUUCUUAUCCAAUCCCCUCAUGGCCUGCUGAGUAGUUUCUCCUGGGCAGAACUUUGUGCCGUGCUGCAGGAUCAGACCGACGUCCUUCUCACCGACCUGCACGCAGCUAAAGAGCAGGUGCUUCACCUGGAGGCUGAGUGUGAGCGUAAGGCACGUUCCCUGCGGGAGCUGCAUGAGGCCCAUGGCGGAGCGGUGGAGGGCCUCACGGUGCAGCUGCGUCUCCGCGAGCAGAGCUGGCUGGCCCAGAAGGAGGAGCUGCUCAGGCAGCAGAGCAGCCUCACCGACGAGCUCCACCUCAGGACCCAGGAGCUGCGGCAUGAGGUAGACGCGUCCAAGGAGCGCAUGUGUGCAGUCGAGCGGGAAAAGGCCUCUGCGGCGACGCGUGCUGCUGACCUCCGGGAGCGUCUCCGGGCGUCCGAUGGCCUGUCCUCGGCUCUGCUCCGGGGCGCCGCCCUGCUGUCCGGCUGCCUGUGCCCUCUCCUGCGCCGCGUCCGCGACCUCACCCGGCAGAAGCGCGUGUUGACCGCCCGCCUGGACGCCCACACCAAGCUGGAGCGCGAGGUCCAGGCCAUACUGCGGGCGCUGUCCAGCACGGGUCAGGAGGAGAAAACACACACGCAAACGUGCAAUCCCACACCUGAGGCGGAGGCGCGCACGCAGCGGAGGGGCGUGUGGGGGUUCCGGUGUGCGGUCAUCGGGGUGCUGGCCGCCCAGAGGUUCCGGGCACUCGGCAGAAGCUCACGCGUGUGUUUCGCGGCCGACAACCCGUACGGAGAGGGGGCAGUGCGCGUGAGCGUGUGUGAGCCCGAGGGCAGGAGGAAGAGGAAGGAUGGGGAGAGAGGGACGGAGGAGUGGACGUGGACCCAGAGCUCUGCACUGAAGACGCUCAUCUUAACCGGCACAGAGGAUUGCACAGACAUGGGUAGUAAGUUUUCCAGGUUACUGGAGAGGCUGGCUGCUGACAGUGACGGUUGCUAUGGUUGUUACACGGAGAGGGGCUCGUUGUCAAGACAGCUGGCACAAGGACUCUACCGACUCAGAAAGACUCAGCCCAUUUCAGCUAACCAGUACAACAGCAAGACUGUGGUAUCCUCCCUUCAGCAGCACAUCCUGGGCUUCACACAGCGCCUGCAUGCAGCCGAGGUGGAGCGCAGGAACAUGCGCAUGGAGCUCACCCAGCUCCGCCGCCAGCCACUCAUCCCCCCACCCCAGGACCCCAAACACACUGCGUGUGUGCCAGCGGCACAUCUGGAGGAGCUCCUGUGUGAGCUGAGUGCGGCGCUCCAACGAGAGCAGCAGGCUCAGGAGCUGCUCCACCAGCAGGCCCAGCAGCUACAGGAGCUGGGCCUCAGCAUGGAGCUGCACGCCGGGGACCAGCAGGAGAAGGACCGCACACUCACUAUGGCCGUGAAGAGCCUGUCGGAGUGUAAGGCCGAGCUGCACAGGAAGGACCAGUCUCUGCGUCAGUUGGGCAAACACCUGAGCCAAGCCCGGCAGGACAAACAAGAGUUGCAGCAGAGCAUAUGCACGGCAGAGAACGCACUCCGCAUGGCGGUCAAAACGAAGGAUUCCUUGGCCAGCUAUAUGAAGUCAGUCGAGAGUAGUCUUAAAGAGGUGAAGGAGCGUAUUGUGCUCCACAGCCCCACCCUCUCCCCACGGGACAUUAUCUGGCAUGUACCCAACAUGCACUUGGAGAUGCCAGGUCCCGAGAGACUUAUGGGCGGGCCAGAGGUGGCAACUUGCCAGGGUGUUGUGAGCAGUUUUGCAGAGGUGUACCAGCUGUUGUGCAGUAAGCUGGUGUGUGUGGAGAGAGAGCUGAAGUCACGGCACUCACACAUCUCUGCCCUCAAGGAGGAGCUACACAACGCCUGCCUCCGAGAGAAAAGCCCUGUGACCGCUGUUCCUGACCCCCCUGUAGUAGCCAGUGGCCCACCUGAGGAGGCGGGCCAUUACGGACCGCUACCUGUCAAAGCCACCUCCACCUCUCAGAAGAGCACUGCUCGGCCAGGGAAGAAGUUGUCCAAAAAACACCUGUAAAGAACCGGCUAGCCAACCUACCGACCAAACUAACAGAUCAGACUCAUGAACAGAAAGCUGAAACUCUAACUGAUGAACAGAAAGCUGAAACUCUAACUGAUUUUCCUAGGAGACUGAGAUUGUUUAAAAAAAAUUUUUAAAAAAACUUUUGAUAUUAUAAAGUGUUUUUGUACAAUCAAAGUUGUUAGUGCAUCUGCAUUAAAAUAAGCUGUGAGCUGU